AUGGAACAGCUCAUCAAGUAUGGCUGGGAUGCAGAGAGAAUACCAAGUUAUGAUUGCUGGAAUUCUACGAGGCAAUAUGGUCACACAAAUCAUCUUUUAGGCAUCUUUUCUGUUAUUUACGGAUUGAGUGCGGAGUUUCUCUACACCAUUGCAUUACUCAUCUUGACGAGAAAGGAGCAACGUCGAUUGUCUUGCUAUAAGAUUAUGAUUUCACUUGGUGCUUAUGACAUGGUAGCUAUCGCCAUCAACUCCAUUGCAUCAGGGUAUCUGUGGUUGUCUGGCGCCAAUUAUUGCACAGAUCCGACCGCAAUAUAUGCUCUCGGGUGUCUUGGUGUAGGUACGUUAUUUCAAAGCAAAGUACCAUAUUUUAAGCAGGAGCCACGUCCAUUUGAGGAUGGAUAG